UGUCUGGAGUCAGAGUUUACCUGUGCUGGGGGACGCUGCAUCCCCACCCAGUGGGUGUGUGACAAUGAAGACGACUGUGGUGACGGUUCAGAUGAGAUCUGUCCAUCCACCUGCUCCCCGAACCAUUUCCACUGUACCAGCACACCGAGGCGAACUGUGCUGACCAAUCAGAUGAGGAGUUCUGUGGACCUGCCACCCCUGUGCCGCUAUGCCCACCUGGGGAAUUUCAGUGUGCAAAUGGAAAGUGUCUGCCAGCCAGCCGUGUUUGCGAUGGAUGGCUGGACUGUGGCUUUGCUGAUGGAUCUGAUGAGCAAGACUGUGGUGUGGUUUGUGAUGAAGGGGAGUUCCUGUGUGCGGGGGGGCGAUGUAUUCUGUACCUCCAUCGAUGCGAUGGCCACGAUGACUGUGGGGACCUCAGUGAUGAGAGAGGGAGAGUUUCAGUGUCGAGGAGACCAGUGCGUUCCCGCAGACAGAGUGUGUGAUGGAACCAAAGACUGUCCCUCUGGAAGCGAUGAGGCUGUUUGUCCAAGUAAAGUGACCUGUGCUCCGGACCAGUUUGCCUGUGGUGAUGGUACAUGUGUUGCCAUCACUAAGCUGUGUGAUGGAGCUACUGACUGUUCAGGAAGAGAGGACGAGAACAGAACCAACUGCUUCACCAGUACCACAACACCAUCACUCCUGCCUGUCACACCAACGUCUGCUUGCAGGUCUUAUGAGUUCAGCUGUGCCACUGUUGGGCAGUGUGUGCCUCAGGCCUGGCGCUGCGAUGGAGAAACAGAUUGUAUGGAUGGCAGUGAUGAGCAGCAAUGUGGCGCCCCGUGUGGCUCCGGCCAGGUGCCUUGUGUCAGUGGGGACCAGUGCGUGGAAUACCAGCAGCUCUGUGAUGGGACCCCACAUUGCAGGGAUACGUCAGAUGAGAGUAUCGACAACUGUGGCUCUACCCGGAUACCUCCCUGUUUAGGCAGCUUCCCAUGUGACAACCGCACCUGUGUGAAC